AGACGCGUGUCUGGGGUUGGGGAGAGUUCAGUUGAGUGCCCCGCUCGCGAGCUGUGUGCAUCCGGUGUGCGUGUCUGCCGUGCCUGAUUAACUGUUCUGUGCCCUUCAGAGUUGCUGUACUGUGUGAGGAACCUGUCAUUAAACUAGAAAUUAGUGUUGAACGUGUAUCCUUUGUGCCCUGCCUCGUUCCUCCUCCCCUAGGUAUUUGUGUGGGCCGCUGUGAGUGACUGGUGCCCGUGUGGUUGUUCUGGGGAUCACGCCGCCUGCCUGCCCGUGGAUGGUGCUCUCCCCAUCACGACGACGGAAUCUUCCUAACGCAGUGUCACAGAGUUCGGCGUCCAUGUUGUUACGUCACCUGCUGAGCCCUGACUGAUGCAGCGCCGAUGUUUAGUAUAGCUCGCGUCCAGUUGUGUGCGAGCCCUCCACCAGCACGGCCACACAAGACUAUACCCGCCCACACGCAAAGGUGACUUCUCAGCAAACAUGAGGGACAAGGGAGAGCAGCAGGGCUUGGUAAAGGAGUCUUUGGCGAAUUCGAAGGCUGCCUACAACUUGGUGUUCAACGAGAAGGUCAAGGCGCUAAUCAAGGAAGGGAGAGACAUCGCCCACUUCGCCUUCGGACAGUCCCCCUUCCCCAUCCCCGAAUGUCUGACGAAGGCCGUGCAGGAGCAUGUCCACGUGCACGACUACCUCCCCAUGGCAGGCAUCACUGAGCUGCGGGAGGCCCUGGUGAGGUUCCACGCGCGCUACGACGACAUCAAGUUACAGCGGGAGAACAUGGUGACGGGACCCGGCAGCAAGGAGCUCAUCUUCCUCGUGUUCAGUACCUUCAGCGGAGACAUCCUCCUGCCGUCGCCCGCCUGGACCACGUACGCCUCGCAGUGUCGCCUCGCCGGGAAGGACCCCAUCAUUCUGCCCACGGAUGCCAGCAAGGGGUGGAAGCUGGCCCCGGGCGUGCUGCGGGCGGUGGUGCAGGAGGAGCAGCAGCAGGGGCGCUCGUCCAUGUGGAGACUCCUCAUCCUGACCAACCCUGGAAACCCAACUGGAACGUGUUACACUGAAGAGGAGCUGAGGGAACUCGGCGCGGUGUGUCGGGAGCUGAAAAUCAUUGUCCUGAGCGACGAAAUCUACGGCCGCCUCACCUUCAGCAGGAAGUUUGAGAGUAUGGUGAAGUACUAUCCCGAGGGCACCAUCCUGACCAAUGGCUUCAGCAAGUGGGCGUCAGCGGGCGGGUGGCGGCUCGGCUACGCGCACUUCCCCUCCGCCCUCUACCCACUUCAGGAGGCGGUGUCCAACGGGGCCUCGCACACCUACUCCUGCGCGCCCGCCCCUAUGCAGUACGGCGUGGCGAAGGCGCUCAAAGAAAGUUCCCUGGAGCUGGACCGGUACAUGGGAGACUGUGCUAGAGUGCUGCACGCCGUGAGUGAGUUCUGCUACAGAGAGCUCUCCAGCGUGGGCGUGGGCGGCGUGAAGAGCCAAGCCGGGUACUACUACAUGGCAGACUUCGAGGUGGUGAGAGAAGGGCUGAAGAGACGCGGCAUCACCACCAGCGAGCAGAUGUCCCAGGCCAUUCUGAAGGAGGCGGAUGUGGCGGUCAUGUCCUCUCACCCCUUCCUGCGUCCCGCCUCGGAGCUCACGACGCGCUUCUGCUUCGUGUGCUUCGAUGGCUCCGUGGCCCUCCAAGCCCUCAGGACGCAGCCGGACUCCAGCUCGCCCCUGUCCGAGGAGUUCGUCCGCGAGCACUGCCAGGCCUUGGUGCGCGGCGUGGAGAAGCUGAAGCAGUGGGUCGUCAUGAACACCGUGGCCUGAGGAGGAGGAGGAGGAGGAAGUAGGAGAGGAGAUGGGGAUAUGUUAGUUAGUGAAAAUAAUAAAACAAAACCUCCAUUAUAUU